UAUUACUAAAUCCACCAUCAUGCACUAUGUGGGUACACAUGCUUCUAGUGGCGCACAGCAGUCUUUGUUCAGUUUCUUUCACCGAGUUCUUCAUCUCAAACCAUGGUUAAAGCUGUUCUUACUGCCCCAGAGCCAGAUACUGUCGUGCAGCCCAUAUAUCAGUACUCCGACGAGCAAAAAGCCCAUAUUAAAGCAUUACGCGAGUAUGCAGAUACCUUGCUUCUGGAUACAUCAGAUCCAUAUCAUAAGUGGGAGCUGCGAUGGUUGAACAAACCAGAUACCAUGCCUCGGUAUAUGCGUGCGGCAAAAUGGAAACUCCCGGACGCGAAGCGUAGAAUAGAGGGAACCAUCAAAUGGAGGAGAGACUUCCAACCGGAGCUAAUCAAACCUGAUGACGUGAAGAUAGAAGCCGAGACAGGCAAGAUCCUCUUAAAUGGGUUCGAUAAAGAUGGCAGGCCCAUCAUCUACAUGCGUCCUGGUCGUGAAAAUACCGAAACUAGUCCUAGGCAGUUGAGACACCUCGUCUGGUGGCUAGAACGUGCAAAAGACUUUAUGCCCCCAGGACAAGAGACGCUGGUCAUCCUUGUAGAUUACAAGUCCACGACACUUCGCACCAACCCUUCGAUAUCCGUUGCCAGUAAAGUACUCACGAUCCUUCAGCAGCACUACGUAGAGACCCUCGGUCGCGCAAUCAUCACCAAUCUCCCGAUGUUGCUUAAUUUCUUCUACAAAGGCAUUUCGCCGUUCUUGGAUCCUGUCACCCGGGACAAGAUGAGGUUUAAUCCUGAUCUUCUUGACCUCAUCCCAAAGUCACAGCUAGACUCCGACUUUGGAGGGGAUUUUGAUUUCGAGUUCGAUCACGAGACAUACUGGAAGCAAAUCGUGGAUUUCUGCGGCAUUGCUGAAGAUGGCACCCGCUUAGAAGGCUAUUUCGAUGGACCAAAGAACAUCCAUGCACAAUUGCCUUUACAGCAGUCUGACGCGGAUACUGAACUCGGUACUGCAUCACCUACUUCCACCUCGUCCACCAUUACAUCUGUUGCGUCUGCUAGCGAGGCUGAGGCGCUUUCCUCAGCUAAAGUGACACCCGCUGCCCCUGGGUUAGUUGAGGCGUCGUAGAUCACUCAGAUGGAUUUUUAUUCGUUUAUAAUUGCCCGCUAUAUACACAGCACUGUCCUUUAAUACAGAAGCGUUUGUAGAAUAAAGUCUUCGAAUUCUUGCCGCCGAUAUUACGAGCAGUCUCACCAAGUCACUAGCAGCCUUCUGGAGCCUUCUGGAUGCCUCAGCGCUCGACGUUCAACGCUUGGCCGCAUUGCAAAGCACUGAGGCAGGCCCUGGCAGAAGUUGAAACUUUCGAUGGAAUUAAUUUAACCGGUCACCACAUUACAUGAUCAGGGACAUCGUCCAAUCCAACUGGCAGAACCCGGAGUUUGC